UAUUAGUCCUCUUUCCGUUUUUUUUUUUUUUUCCUCGUUCUUUUCUUCUUUUUUAUUUUUCAUCAUCCUCUUCAUUUCAAUAGAACAAUAUGGGGAAAGGAAAGCGCGCUCACACUAUCAGUAUUCCAAGUAUCAAUUUGACAACGCCCAAAUCGUCUAGUGAUCAUUCUUUUAGCGUGUUACCUCCUAGCUUUCUCCAGAAAAAUUCUUCUAGUACAACUACCACCAUCACAUCUUCUGAUAUUAGUAAUACUUGGACUCCUCCUUCCACUACUCAUUGGUCUCCUCCUCGCAAAACUAAACGAUAUGAUGACUUGGAACAUAAACUAGAAGCUGCCCCUUUAUAUAUAUUGGUAUCAACAUAUCUCAACUAUUUCGUUCUUAUUCUUUUUGGUCAUUUACGUGAUAUUAUGGGCAAAUUCUUUAAACCUCAUGCUUAUUCUCACUUGAGGAUGAAUCAGGGUUAUGCACCUCUUGUAUCUGAUUUUGAUUCCUUUUAUACACGGCGUCUCUAUCUUCGUAUUCGUGAUUGUUGGAAUCGACCUAUUACUGGAGUUGCCUCUAGAACAGUCAAAUUGUUGGAACGUGUCAGUUAUGACUACAAUCAUACUUUUCGAUUGACAGGCAAAGUCACAGAAAAUCUCAACUUUGCUUCUUACAAUUAUUUGGGAUUUGCACAGAAAGUUGGACCUUGUGCAGAUGCAGUGGAACAAGCAACUUUAACCAAUGGUAUUCCUUCUCCAAGUCCUCGCGCUGAAGCUGGUUCAACACAACUGCAUGCCGAUCUUGAACGUUUGGUGGCUCGAUUUGUUGGAAAAGAAGAUUCUAUGGUUGUUAGUAUGGGUUUCGCUACCAACUCCACUACUAUUCCAGCUCUUGUUAGUAAAGGUUGUUUGAUUAUUUCUGAUGAAAUGAAUCAUUCUUCUAUUGUCUUUGGUGCUCGUCUCUCUGGUGCAUCUGUUCGUGUAUUCAAACAUAAUAACAUGGAUGAUUUGAGAGAAUUACUUCGUGAAGUCAUUUCUCAAGGUCAACCUCGUACUCACCGUCCUUGGAAGAAGAUUUUGGUCAUUGUGGAGGGUCUUUAUUCUAUGGAAGGUACCGUCGUUAAUCUUCCUGAAAUCAUCAAACUCAAAAAGGAAUUCAAGUUCUAUUUGUAUGUGGAUGAAGCUCAUUCUAUUGGUGCCCUUGGUGAAAAUGGUGGUGGCGUUUGUGACUUUUAUGGUGUGGAUCCUGUUGAAGUUGAUAUUUUAAUGGGUACAUUUACCAAAUCUUUUGGUGCUGCUGGUGGUUACAUUGCUGCUGACAAGUCCGUUAUUGACCAUUUACGUAUCAAUAAUCAUGGAUAUAUUUAUGCUGAACCUAUCUCUGUCCCUGUGGCACAACAAGUAUUAACUAGUAUGAAGAUUAUUUGUGGUGAAGAUGGUACAGAUGAUGGUCGCCUUCGUAUCAAAAGACUAGCUGAAAAUUCACUUCAUUUUGCGGCUAGAUUACGUGCUCUUGGAUUUAUUGUUUAUGGUGAUCAUGGCAGUCCUGUGGUACCAUUGUUAUUGUUUAACCCUGCAAAAAUUCCUGCCUUUUCUCGGGAACUAUUGAAGCGUGGUAUCGCUGUUUGUGUUGUAGGUUAUCCGGCAACUCCUAUCAUAACGUCACGUGCAAGAUUCUGUUUAUCGGCGUCUCAUACCAAAGAAGAUAUCGACCGUGCUGUGGAAACUAUUAGUGAAGUGGGCGAUUUACUGAUGUUGAAGAUUAGUCAAGAAGCCAAAUAGAAACCAUAGUUAUUUAUUAUUUACACCC